ACCAUCCAAACGCUAGCUUCAGGAAGUCGGGAUGUGUCUCUCGAGAGAUGUCCCACAGAUCAUAGAUAGUCUGCUAUUUCAGCUCUUCUGGAGUGCCUAGGGUGUUUCCCCAAACAAGCAGACUAUUAGAAGAAGUAUGAUGAAGAAAAAGGAAGAGACGGCCAACAGGCCUGACAACACGGCCUUCACACAGCAGAGACUCCCUGCCUGGCAGCCCAUGCUGUCCGCCGGCAUCGUCAUCCCAGGGUUUGUGCUCAUUGGCAUGGCCUUCAUCGGCAUCGGCGUCGCCCUCUUCAUCACCUCCAGGAACAUCCAGGUGUUGGAGAGGGAUUACACGGGCGACGAGAGCAACUCCCCCUGCAACACCUGCACACACUCGAGCCCCGACUGCAACUGCGUGCUCAACUUCACGCUCAGCAAGCUGUUUGAGGGCCCCGUGUUCUUUUACUAUGGGUUGUCUAAUUACUACCAGAAUUACCGGCGGUAUGGGGUUUCCAGGGAUGACAGUCAGCUGAGUGGUGAUGUGGCCUACUUUAAGAACCCUGAUUCUAAUUGCGCGCCAUAUCGAGUUGAUUCCAAGAGCGUUCCGAUCGUGCCAUGUGGAUCCAUAGCCAACAGCAUGUUUAAUGACACCUUCAGGCUCUACCAUAUCGUCAAUGGAAAAGAGAUGGAGGUGCCCUUUGAUGGAAAAGGCAUUGCUUGGUGGACGGACUACAAUGUCAAAUUCCGCAACCCCUCUCUUGUGAACGGGACUCUGAAAGCUGCCUUUGAUGGCACUGUGAAGCCAAUAAAUUGGCCCAAGCCGGCCUACGAGUUAGACCCAACUGACAGUAGCAACAACGGGUUCCUAAACCAAGACUUCCUGGUGUGGAUGAGGGCGGCUGCUCUGCCAGACUUCAGGAAACUCUACCGCCGAAUUACUCAGGGGGACUACGCCGCAGGGCUGCCAGCUGGAAACUACUCUCUCAAAAUCACCUACAACUACCCGGUGCUCUCCUUCGGGGGACGGAAGAAGAUUGUGCUGAGCAACGUCUCCUGGAUGGGCGGGAAGAACCAGUUUCUGGGCAUCGCCUACCUGGUGAUCGGCUCGCUGUGCAUCGUCAUGUCCAUGGUCAUGCUGAUCGUUUACGCCAAGUUCAAGUUUCCCGAUGACGGCUCGUGAUGAGGUCUAGCCUCCGGACAGUGAAGGUGGGGGGUUUAUACAGGUCUUAAUUCAGGAGGAGCUUUUCCCAGACUCUCUGAUCAGGAGUAGAGGUCCUCAUCAGCCUAUAAAAUUGAUCAACACUGAAAUGGUGUCUGGGCCAUUCUGCUGUUGUGUAAGUUAUGCAUACUGUACACUGUACGCUUGUACCAAUGUUUAUGUUGGGCGUGGGUGGGGAGUGGGGGAGGAGCUACACAUCUAAUGUAAUGAAAUAAGGAAUACAACCAUUCCUCAAUCAGGGUUACUCUGUAUAUGUAAUUUAAAACAAGCACAUUUAUUUUCAAGCUUUAAGUUUGUUACUGUCAGUUGUACUUGAACCUGAGUGCAGGUUUUCACAGUGUGUGAUUCAGGGAAUGGCUGUCACUCUCCUCUUUGUGCUGCUAGGUCAGGGUUAGCAAGGAGUGUGUGUUUGCAUUCGCUGAUUUGCUUUGUAAAAGGUUUCUGCUUGGAAAGGGAAUUUAUACAUUCAUUGUGCCUUCUGUCAGUGGAAGUGACCUGAGGUGGGAGUGGGCUGGUCAAAUGUUAAUGUUAGCAUUUGCUUCUGUAAGAGCAAUUGUUCUACAGAAUAUAAAAUGCAAAACA